AAAAAGGAUAGAGAGCUAACGACUUAACGUGAUGUGUGGAAUUUUUUGCUUUGUUUCUAAUGGAGAGUCGAUUGCAUUCGGCGAAGAGUUUCUGGUACAAUGUAAAUGCCUUCUAAAUAAUAGAGGUCCUGACACUUCGAAUUGGACAGUGUAUAAUUCGAGAGUGCUUAUGUUCGGUUCCGUUUUAUGGCAGCAAGGAGCGGUGGUUUGUAGUCAACCGGUCGAAAGAGAUAGAUUUGCCUUGCUGUUUAAUGGCGAUAUGUAUAACGAAACAAGAGACACUAGCUGUAGCGAUACAUUAUGGUUAUAUGAAAAGCUUAAUGCAAUGAAUGAUAUCAUACAGCUGUUUAAAAGUUUGAAGGGUCCUUACAGUAUAGUUAUACUGGACAAAAUAUCGCAAAGGAUCUACUUUGCGAGAGAUAGUCUAGGAAGGAAUUCGUUAUUAUUCGCUCGAAGUCAGGAUGGAAUUAUUAUCAGCAGCGUGUUAGCUAAAAAUACUGCUCUAUUCGAUUCCAUGGAACUACAACCGAGUGGACUAUAUUUUGUGGACUUGAAAGACCCAAAUUUCAAAUUGAAACUCUUACCAUGGGCUAAAAAUUUGGUUGAGACAAAUUUUAUUUCAGUUCUAGAUGAAUGUUUGUUCAGUCUUCCAUGGCAUGAAUCCUUGGUCUUUAAGCAAAAUUUUAGUUAUCAUGAUAUCUUAAAAACUAGAAGGCAAAGCGACGAAUCCGUAUUUGAUUUCUUAUUAAAGGUACCUGCCAUUUCACAAACAUGCGAUAAAUUGAUUGAAUUACUGGAAAGAUCUAUUAGGGAAAGAAUUAUCACCACUCCCAAUUAUUGCAAAUUAUGCGUGAGUUCACAUAACCCAUGCAAACAUGCACGGCUAGGAAUUCUGUUUUCGGGAGGUGUAGAUUGUACUAUCAUUUCAUUGAUAGCAGACCGAUUUGUGGACCAGAACAUUCCGAUAGAUUUGUUGAAUGUAGCCUUUGAAAAGGUCAACCGAGUGAAACCGAAUGUGAAAUCUGAAUCUCUCGAGUCGGUUGAUUGGAACGUUCCUGACCGAUGCACGGCAAAACAAACUUUAUUAGAACUGCAGAACCUUAAACCUUCUCGUAAAUGGCAACUUGUAGAGAUCAAUAUAACACGCCAAGAAUUGAAUGGCUAUAGAAAGCGAAUUUCUGACUUGGUUUUUCCAUUGCAAUCAGUACUGGAUGAAUCGCUAGGAGCUGCAUUGUGGUUUGCUUCGCGUGGUGUUGGCAUAUCAGAAGGUACCAAUUAUUCUUGUCAAAGCAGAAUUUUGCUUUUGGGAUCAGGAGCCGAUGAACUGUUUGGUGGUUAUUCAAGACAUAAAGCGGCAUUUUAUAGAAACCUCAGUACUAUAAAUGCGCAGUUCACUGACAGUGAUAUUCAGGAAGCUUAUGUUAAUCUAGAAGAGGAACUUGAAUUGGACUGGAGACGGCUGCCCAGCAGAAACCUGGCACGGGACGAUAGAAUAAUAUGUGAUCAUGGUGUAACGCCACGGACACCUUAUUUAGAGGAGGACUUCAUUUCGUUUAUAAAAAGUUUAAAAGCCUCACAAAAAUCUUAUUACCCUUUAGGGCCAGGUAUAGGGGAUAAGAUUAUUUUGCGAUUAUGUGCGCAUAAGUUAGGCCUGAAGUCUGCCGCAUUGUUGAAAAAACGUGCUUUACAGUUUGGAUCAAAAAUUGCUGAUCGCAAACAGAAUGCGAAUGAUAACUCGACCUUUCUCCACACAACGUAACCAAAAUGGUUGCAACACAUUCCCGAAACCCACUUCCUGUUACCUGAGCUUAGCAUUUUCCGAUAAAAACUCAAUUACUAUGACAUUAAAACUUAAAACCCCUCACUUUUAAAAUUUUUUAUGCUGUCGAUUCACGGUUUUGCUCGAGUUUUCUGCUUUGUUCACCAAAUUUUACAAACUAAUAGAUACUGUUUUAGAUUUUACAUAUCAAUGUAUUUACGGAUAGCAGACUGAAAAAUAUACAAGUCAAUAGUACCAUAAUAAUCAAAUUGGCGGACAAGACACAAACACGUAUCACUCUUACAACAUCCUUAUCCUUAAAUGUUGUAAGAGUGAUACGUGUUUGUGUCUUGUCCACCAAUUUUAUUAUUGUGGUGUUCUUACGGUGGCACGAAAGCAAGAAAAAGUCAAUAGUACCAAUAGUGAUAAUCGUUUCUGCAGGCUAGUUUAAUAUAUAAAAUUUAUGAGGCUGCGUAAACGUUAUCAUAAUUGACAAAUCAGAUAAACUUAAGGUUAUAGAGCGUUGAAAGAAUAAUGUAAUGCCCUUAGUUGAAAUAAUUUCAAAAAGUAUAGUUUAAACCAGCCUUAAGCUAGCGUUAUCUCUAGAACACCACACACACAGCAGAAAGUGUUGCAUAAAUGAAAUUGAUGAAACAGUGAUAGUAGCAUCCAAGUUCAAAUCUACAUCAUCUCCAGUUCUUGAACC